GAUAAAGAGAGAGUGGGCGUAGAGAUGGAGCCUAAGGCACUGCCAUAAGGGCAGCACAUUUUGGACUGGGGAGGGAGGCUGCCAAGAAUCCUGUGUGCACAAGUUCAGACUAGAAAACCAUAAGGGUUUAUGGCCACUUAAGUUAUUGCAAAACCAUACAAAAUGUUUAUUUUCUUAAAGUGGAUUUUAUUUCCGUGUGAGAGCUCUGUUUGAAUGUGACAUGCCUGUGCAGCCUGUGACAUGAGCUGAUGUGACUGAGCCAGUGAUGCUUCCUCUGUGAGUUGCCACUUCACUUCCUGCAAUGCGUGGGUUCACCUGGGUUUGCCGAGGCCACUGUGGAGGGCUUCGCAGGAUUGGACCUGGGUGUUCCUUAUGUCCUUGCGUGUUUCCUGCUGUCCUUGUACUCUUUCUUUGAUCACAUCACUCACCAGUUCUGUGGAAGGUGAAAUCUACUCUGAAUCUUGGAUUCCAGCUGUGAGAAACGUCCUUGGUAAUCCUGUGUUGCUCCAGAUGGUAAAAUCUGCAGUCCUACAUCAUUGCAGUAAGAUGAAAUGCAUUUCAGUGGCUUGCCUUUUAUCCUAACACUUCUAAAACAUUUUUAUACGUGAUCUUUUCAAAGCUACUUUGGGGGAUUUCCACUCCCUUGCUGUUUUAAAAUGCUCGUACUUCUGUGUUAACCACAAAGCUCAUGCUGGUACACUCUGUCUCUGUCUCUCUCUCAUUUUCUCCCCAUUGAGGACCAGCUACAGUUUCCAGGUAUGGCUUUACCAAAUCGUGUCUUGUUAACACUGGCAGGAGCUUAACUUUGCCAGAAUUAUUUCUCAUUUCUGAAGGGCUAUUCAAGGGCUUGGCACACAGGGGGGAAGGCUGCAGACCCAAAAACAUCUCAGGAAACAAGUUCACCCCCUGAACCAGCAAAGUGGUGCCGUGAUGUUGUAGGGAUGAGAGGCAGAACCUUCCUACUGAGAUUUCUGUUGGUUCUUGGGAAGGUGAUAAAACAUUCAGGGAUUGCCACAGAAGUGAUGGCAACAAGGUUAUUUUACAGCUGUGAAUGAGGUUAUUUUAAGGCAUAACAGCAUCAUGUUGAUUAGAAAUAGAUUUCUUGAUAUUGCAAAAUUAAUUAAUUAUUUUUAGAACCUCCAGGGAAAACAGUAGCUGAAGCAAAUAAGUAAACUGACUGUAAAAUCAAAGCUGCUUUAGCACCAGACACACUUUAUUAGUUGUAAGAGUGUAGUUUUAAUUUUUUUUUUAAAUGCUGUGUUGUAACCUGAAUGAACCUGAUGAAGCCUAGUCUUAUGGGAAUUAAUUGUAAUGCUUGACUGUACCUCUAUGCAAAGGAAACCCCACUGUCGUACUCUGCUUAGUGAAAAUUUGCCUAUGGAGAUGAGCAAACUGAUGCUUGCUUAGUAAGGUUUUACUGUGCCUUGAGGAUGAGGUAAUAUUACAGUUGAAACUUCAAUAGUAUAGUGGUGUCUGUAUACAAAAGGAAAUGUGUAUUUGGCUGCCUCUGCCUCAACAUCCCCUGGGGUGUGGGGGGGCUCAGGCACAUAUCCAAUAAGAAAUUGUUGCUGUUAGGAGCACUCUCUCCUGGGUACCAGCAGGUCACUGCCCUGCAGCUUUUAAGUGAUUAGGACAUCAUCAGAGCAGUUCCUGAGGUGACCCUGAGUGUUAGCAGUGGGUCUGUGUUGGUGCAACAAGGGAUCCUUUCCCUCCUCAGCCUCUGUGCUGGAGGGACACCCAUGAUGCAGCCAGGGUCCUUCUCCCACAUGGGGAAUGUGUUUUGUUGUCAGCAGCCAAAAUGUUUUAACUCUUCUUUGGGCUGGAAGGGACAGGGAUGAUCCCCCAGAGAUGUCAGAUGUCAUCAUCUCCUGUUUUCACAUUAUUCCAUGUAACUUGCUGUAUCUUAAAUAUGUAUCUCAAACUGUAUAGAUACUUUCAGUCAUUCUUUAGCAAACUGUUAUCUCUUCCACUCUGUGUGUUGAGUUAGGGCAUAUAUUUCUUGUCCCCACAAUAGUGAGGUUUUGGAGGGCCUUAGAGUAGUAAAUCAUACAGCUUUGUUAUUUUCAUUCAAAAGUACUGGAGGCAGCUAAUCUGUUUAUAAAUUGAAUAGUUUAUAUGGCAGCUUGGAGAGGGUUGUUUUAAUGCAAGAUGUGUUCACCUCCAUCCCAUUUCUGCCUGUUACCUCCCAGUGAAGUGACUUAGACCUCCAAAUUUGACAAAAUUUUUCCCACUGUGACUAAGACAGUUCUGAUCUACCAUAAAAGGUUGACAAUUUUAGAGGGAGGGACAGGGCAUCUUCUAAGUCUUGUCCCAACCAAUGUCUUAGGACAAGGCAACAGAGCUGAACUAGAGCUACAGAAAGGUAGGUGCAUAACUCUUUUUUUGUGCCCUGUUGUAUGUAUGACAUGGAAGCUGGUAAGUGAGGAAGGUGCUUUUUGCUGGGAAUACCCCAGUCCUGGAGAGUGGCUGAGCAUCACCCUCCCCUCAUGCAGUGAAACCUGGCAGAAGCUGGGCUCUCAGCCCCAUUUGCUGGCUGGAUCCUGUCUUGUCCAUGUGUGAUGAUCAGAUCUGUGAUAACAUCCUGGAUAUUUUCUCUUCUCAGUCUGAGACAUGGUGGCACCCAGUGCCUGUGCCUGGCUCUGCUGUCCUGGAAGUUUUGGCUGUAAUGGUGCAGUCACAGCUCAUGGGAUAAUGUGCUAACCUUUCAGGAGGGCUUGGCUUCAUAUGAGAGAAAACAGGAAAAACAGUGUCUCUUUAAAAAAACCAACCGUAUUAUAAGGAAUGUUUUUUCCUGGGUGCAGAAAGUAUGUUUUUAUGGCUGGAAGAAGUUAAUCUGUCCACAGUAGUUCAAUGUGAUAUCAACGUUCCACACAGCCUCUUGUCAUUCCGACUGCUGGUGCUGUAGAUAGAGAGCAGCAGUGCUGGAGGGGAGCUGUUUGAACAUGGCUUUAAAAUGUUGAUGCAAUUUUAUAUUCUAGUAAGUCAUGCCCAUGCUGAUUUUUCUCCUUAUUAUUACAUUCUGCUCAGUUUCUGAAGAAGAAGCAGUUCUAAGUGUGGAACAUUUUACUGGAAAAUGUUUUGGCUCAGUUUGGUGUGGUGGUAGUUAAAACAGGAUAGCUCACAAUUUAUAAAGUUUAUUUUUGUUAAGAAAAUUCUCCCACUUGGAUUAUUUCCAGUGAGGUUAAGGCAUCUGCAUAGAAAGAGUUGUUCCAGAAGCAUUUUGCUUGUGCAGCUUGUGGUGCAGGCAGGGCUGGGAUGCUGAAGUAGUGGGAAGAUGCAGCUGGGAGCUCUUUGUACUGCACUGCCUUUGAGCUCCCACUCACUGAUAGCUGUUAAUAGGACUUGGACUUAGCUUCUAGUGAUUCACACUACUUUUUUUUAUGUGUGGGCAGAAUUAAUCCUAUUUAUUUCAGUACAGGGAAAUCCUUUUUUUUUUUUAUGUGUAGAUUUUCAGUCUCCAUAGACUGGGGGGUUUUGUGUGUGUGCCGUUGCAGUGGAGUUGCAGUGAGAAUCCCUUUACAGUGUGCACUGUGUCUGACACAAGAGCAUCAUUAUGCAGCACGAGCCUGCCGCUCUCUGCUAUUUUAAACCAGCAUUACAAUUCACACGUGUGCUGAAAAAUUGCAGCGUACACAAAGGCAGGAGGACACCUUCCCCUUGCUGGAAGCUGUGAGCAGACAGAAGUGAAAGCUACCUCAGGCCCUGCCUACGCUGGCCAGGCAUCAGCGUAGGCAGGAAAUUGAUUCAGAUAACCCUUUGGGUGCUCUCACUGUCAUAAAACAGCACUUUUUCCCCUGACGGUUUCCCUUUGGCUUCAGUUCAGAGAGCCCGUGUGCUGGAAGCCAGAAGUGGGAGCAAAGCUGCUGCAAGCCACUCUGAGUCACUGACAGAAUUAAUACAGCCAAAAACUUGCACAUAAUUAAGUAAAAUAAGAGUUUACUGCUAGAAAUGAAUGAUCAACAAGAAAAAGAAAGGUGUCAAAUUAAGAGGCUUCAACUCCUGUAACACCUAAACUGAAGAUGAGAGCCCUCCUGCCAGCAGCAGCCUGCUGCACGCAGUAGCUGAGGCAGAGUCGCUGCCAGGGAAUAUUUGAAGAGCUUCUCCUUGUGUCUGCUUCGCUUCCCAGUGCAGCUCCCAUGGCCUGUGACGAACCCGCUGCUCUCUUGGGCAUCUUCACGCGCCAGAACUCCUCCAGCACCAGCUCUUUGGACUUUGAGCCUGACGCCGACUACAAGUUUGUGGAAAGCCUGGAGGAGCGGUACAAGUGCGCCUACUGCCACCUGGUCCUGCGCAAUCCCCACCAGACGGGAUGCGGGCACCGCUUCUGCCAGCAGUGCAUUCUUGCUCUGAGAGACUUAAAUGCAGUACCCACCUGUCCUGUCGACAAAGAAACAAUAAAAAUGCAUGAGGUAUUCAAAGACAACUGCUGUAAAAGAGAAGUUCUUAACUUGCAUGUGUUCUGCAAAAACUUCCCUGACUGCAAUUCAAAAAUAAUUCUGGGACGAUAUCAGGAGCAUCUGCAGCAGUGUUUGUUUGAAAGCAUGCAAUGCACUAAUGAUGGGUGUCGGGAUCAAAUUCUUCGCAAAGACUUGAAAGAGCACUUAAGCCAGCACUGUAAAUUCCGGGAAGAGAGGUGCCAGUACUGUAACACAUACGUGGUGUUAAUUAACAUAAAGAACCAUGAGAAAAAUGACUGUCCUGAUUAUCCUGUGCCUUGUCUCCAAAACUGUUCACAAAUAAUUCUGAAAAAAGAGAUUGAAAAGCACCAUGCUGUGUGUCCCGAGGCAGAAGUGGACUGUCCAUAUAAGCAGUACGGCUGUCAUGUAAAGGUUAAAAGAGGGAAACUUGCUGAACAUGAAAACAGUGCCCUGAGGGAACACAUGCUGCAGAUUUUAGACAAGAACUCCCGACUGGAAGAACAGAUAUCUGACCUGUAUAAGAGCCUGGAAUGUAAAGAGAUUAAAAUCCAGCAGCUAGCAGAUGCCAUUAAGAAGUGUGAGAAAGAAUUCAGACAGUAUACACAAUUGUUUGGUAACAAUAGCAACUUGAUGGUAAGCACUCAGGCUCUGGCUAGUCACCUGGAUAAGUCUGCACGCCUGGAAUCACAAGUGAAACAGCUAAUACAGAUGGCAAACCAGCAGCAAAGUAAAUUAGACCUGCGGCCCCUGUUUGACACAAUUGAAAACGUGAAACAGAAGAUUGCCCUGAUGGAGACAUACGACCAGCGUAUGGUUGUUUUGGAAGAUCAGUCCAGCAAACAUGAUCUCCAGAUCAAUAUUCACAAAGCACAGCUCAAUAAAAACGAAGAACGAUUUAAGCUUUUGGAAGGCACGUGCUACAAUGGGAAGUUAAUCUGGAAAAUCACAGACUACAAGAUGAAGAAGAAAGAGGCAGUGGAGGGCCGUGUGCUGUCCAUAGCCAGCCAGCCCUUCUACACCAGCCGCUGUGGGUACAGGUUGUGUGCGAGAGCCUACCUGAACGGGGACGGCUCGGGAAAGGGAACGCACAUCUCCCUCUACUUCGUGGUCAUGAGGGGUGAGUUUGACUCACUGCUGCUGUGGCCUUUCAAGCAGAAGGUUACACUUAUGCUUUUGGACCAAAGUGGGAAAAAAAAUCACAUUGUGGAAGUCUUUAGAGCUGACCCCAACAGCAGCAGUUUCAAAAGGCCAGAUGGAGAAAUGAAUAUUGCCUCCGGCUGUCCGCGCUUCGUGCCACACGCCGUCCUGGAGAACACAAAGAACACCUACAUCAGAGAUGACACUCUCUUUUUGAAAGUGGUCGUGGAUCUAACUGAUCUGGAGGAACUGUGAAAAGCGAGCCCAAUCAGUGUGACCGCUGUAAGCAUGAGGAACUGCUUUUCUGGUGAACACCAGCCAUGCAAUAGCAAACUGCCACCAGUCAAGCUACUUGAGAACAUUUCAUGGCUUUGGACUACAGGACAGAUAAUGAAUUGCCAAUCAGCCUUUCCUUUUCUACCCUUUUUUUUCAAGACUGCAAUUUUAAGACAGUUAGAAGUCCGGGUUGGUGCAAGCAUGAUCCAGAUUGGUUCAGUCCAGGCUGGGGGGAAUGCUGGGCUCCCAUCACCAGACUGGCGUUUGGAAAUCAACCUCCUUCAGUGAUCUCCCUGGAGCCCAGGCAGGCCUGUGGGCUCCUCUCCCUCACACAGAAAUGAAGCCAUGCCCAAACAUGCAAGUGCAUUUCAUCUGUCUGCAAAGGAAACAUUUUGACAUUAGCAAAUUUGAGUCAAUGUGUCUUGAUCCCUCCAUCUCUUGGAUUUUUGAAGCAGGGAGAAAGGCUUCAGUUAGGCAGAGAAAACAUUUGCCAAGUAUCUUGCAUCUUUUUUAUUUGUUUGAAUGGUGUUCUUCCAGAAAGCCCAGAGGAAGGAGCCAAUGCCUCUUACUUUUUUAUCCUGUUUUUUCAGCUGUACAGAGUACUCCCAGGUCACAACAGCUUUCUUGUGUCCUUUCCAUUCCUGCCUAGUGCCUUGGGACUGUUUUCCAUUGGUGGUAAACAUCCACAGUCCCCAUCUGAAGCCAAAAGCUGCAGGUGCUUCUCACCUCUCAGGACGCGGCCAGAGGCAGGGCACUCGGCCAGCCUGCCAGCUCCUGGCUGCGCUGCUGGAAGAGCAGCAAAACUCCUGUUCUUUUGCUGCCACAUCUGUGAAAAAGAGAUGUUUUCUGGCCUUACCAGCUCUAAAAAAGGCAGGAAGAGCUUGGGGAAUAGCUCACAUAACAUGCACUUUUCCUCUCUCCUAGAAGUUUGGCGAAGAAGGGGGAAAAUGGAUUAGGGAGUGAGGUUGCUGUAAGAACCCAAUUUUUACAAUCAAUGCAGCUUUAGUGUUUGUUAAAGGAUGACACAGCUGCUGACUGUGAUGUCUGAAGAUCUUAAUUUUUAUUCCAAGUUUCUUCCAUACUGCAAGGGAAUGUGUGCAUUGUACAGGGCUUAUUUGGGACACGCUAAAACCACCAAGAUCAGGCACUGAGGAACAAGUGACACAGAACACAGGUGCCUUUUUAAAGCCCUUUGGGUGCCUGUAAGAGGGAUGUAGUUUUGCAUACUCAGUCAUUUUGUUAUUACAAGUGGAAGAAUUUUGUGUCUCUCAUCUCUCACAGGUCAGGCAGGGAAACACCACAGCAUUAUCCAUUGCACCAAAGCUUAUCAAGAGACAGCAAGAAACUAAGCUGGUUUUAGAGUAAGAGUAAACUAGGCAGGAUAAAAAUCAAAACAGGGCACAGACUGAAAGGCAUAAAUAGAAAAUUCUGGAGGGCAAAUUGGAAGAUGCCCUUCCUGUGCAGGAUGUUGACAACAAUCUAAAUAAUUCAAGGACUGAUACCAAAAUGAAGGCAAAAUACUUUAUUUUGUAUCUGCAAUCUUAUGGCUAGACAUUUACUUUUCCACAUGGUUUUCAGGACAUAAUUCAGACACAUGUAUUUUCUAACUCAGGUGGAAGGGAAGAGACCUUAGUAAUCUGUGCCUCAUGGUGGGUUAGCACAUGUGAAAUCUUUUUCAUCUAGAAGUCCUUUUUGGUUCACAGUGUCAAGAUUUACAGAGCCACCAUCAGAGCUGCUUUCCGUGUUCACAGGGACAGAUUGUGAGGAACAAAUUUUAUUCUUGUGUACCACAACCAUUAACCUCCAGGGUCAUUUCAGCUGUAAAACAGAACAAACUAGACGUAACACUUGGUUACAGAAAGAGCAGGCUUGUUUUGACAGGGGCGUGCCAUUCUGUGACAUCAACCAUAAGCCUGGAUUUCAUGUUGAUUUUUACUCUAAUAUUUGUCAUGUAACUUUCAAAGUGACAUAACUUGCAUAGUAACCAGUAAUAACUGAUGGGAAUGUACCAUCCCUGUGUCCUGGAGCUCUCCAGUACAUUGAGUGUUAAAUACAGAAAGUGAUAAAGAGCUCAGACAAGCAAAGGAGGCAAGAUGAAAUGGAUGUGCGUGGUCUGUAUCCUGGCAAAUUCCUAGCCCUCUCCACCUCCACCACCCCAAAUGUAAAGUGGGGAUAAUAAUAUUUGCAGAAGCAUUAGGGCUAUUUAAAUGUUUGUGAAGAAGUUUGAGCAUGAAAAGAGCUAAGUAUUAUUAAAACUCCAUUUCUAAUUGUUACAAUAGGUGAUGGCAUAGUGAUGUGGGUAAGUGUUUAGCGUUUUCCUCGACAGAUUUUGGAAGCAUGUUUGGUUUUAGGCAGUUCAUACUGCAAUCUCUCCUCUACCUACUGGUUGGGUUUAGGUUUUUGCCAUAAAUAUUCCUUUUAAAAUUCUGAAGCACAAAUUCAUCCUGGGUGAUGGAAACAUCCCUUUUGAAAUACUGCCUGUUUUAUAUAUAAUUAGUUGAUAAAAUUAAUUUUUUUAAAGACAACCCUCUUUAAAUUGGUUCUUUUUAGUACAGAAAUUAAGAGAUUUAUGUUAAAAUUUUCAGUGAUUUUUUUACUACUUGUAAACAGGGUUUUAAAUUUCAUCCCAUUUCUAAUAAAGAAAAACAUGUUGUAUAGCAUGAAUUGUUAGGAAGACUUUUGAUGUUGCAUGAAGAAUACCAAAAAACUUUUCAAUAAUACUGUACUGAGUAAGUAACCAAAAGAGCGUAGGAUAUUUCUACAUCAGCAUACCAUAUGUUUCUAAUGUAUUUAUUGAUAGUUUGUAGUUGUUUGAAUAGCUCCUACUACAACAGAGGCAUUUUUCUAGCCAAAUGUCUUUACUGUGUACAUAAACUAAAGUAAGAAUAAAUAAUUUUAUCAUCCUUCUGGAGGGA